UAAUACUUAAUUAAUCAUAUGAUAAUACGAUGCAUCAUUUUGCGUGCAGCCUUAGUUUCCAUGGGGGGCAAAGUCUCUGGUCGGUCUUCCCGAUGUACGUGGUCUGGCUUCUCCAGUCUCCACUAUCGCAACUCCCAGGAUAUAAGCUUGGCCACCACGCCAUGCACAGCUACCAGCCUCAGCCAGCUGCCACCUCCGAUUCCAUCGAGCUCUCCUCCUGCCAAUGGCGCUCGUCUUCUUCUUCUUCGUCGUCUUCCACCUCGCCGUGCUGAUGGCUGCGCUCCUGCUCGCAAGCGCGCCGGCGUUCGCCACGGCCGACGAUCUGUCGGCGCUGCUGGCGUUCAGGGCGCGGGUGUCCGACCCGAGCGGCGUGCUCCGCCGCGGCAACUGGACGGCGGCCGCGCCCUACUGCGGCUGGCUCGGCGUCACCUGCGGCGGCCACCGCCACCCGCUGCGCGUCACGGCGCUGGAGCUGCCCGGCGUGCAGCUCGCCGGCUCGCUGGCCCCCGAGCUCGGCGAGCUCACCUUCCUCUCCACCCUCAACCUCAGCGACGCCCGGCUCUCGGGCCCGAUCCCUGAUGGCAUCGGCAACCUGCCACGCCUCCUGUCUCUCGAUCUCUCCAGCAACCGCCUCUCAGGUAAUCUCCCCUCGUCUCUCGGCAACCUCACCGUGCUUGAAAUCCUCGACCUUGACUCGAACAACCUCACCGGUGAAAUCCCUCCCGACCUGCACAAUCUGAAGAACAUUAUGUACCUUGGAUUAAGCAGAAACGAGUUGAGCGGGCAGAUACCACGUGGCAUGUUCAAUGGCACGUCACAGCUUGUUUUCUUGAGCCUUGCUUACAACAAACUAACAGGGAGCAUUCCUGGUGCUAUUGGUUUCUUGCCAAACAUUCAGGUGCUUGUACUGUCAGGGAACCAGCUUUCAGGGCCAAUACCUGCAUCGCUGUUUAACAUGUCCAGCUUGGUACGGAUGUACCUGGGCAAGAACAAUCUCUCUGGCUCUAUCCCAAACAACGGAAGCUUCAACCUUCCCAUGCUGCAAACAGUUAAUCUCAACACAAACCAUUUAACUGGCAUAGUGCCUCAAGGCUUUGGGGCAUGCAAGAACCUGCAAGAGUUCAUUCUAUUCAGCAAUGGCUUCACCGGUGGCAUACCACCGUGGCUGGCUUCUAUGCCUCAGUUGGUGAAUGUCUCCUUGGGUGGCAAUGACCUUUCUGGUGAAAUCCCUGCCAGCUUGGGCAACCUUACAGGUCUCACCCAUCUGGAUUUCACCAGGAGUAAUCUGCAUGGGAAGAUACCACCGGAGCUGGGACAGCUGACACAGCUGCGGUGGCUGAACCUUGAGAUGAAUAACCUGACCGGUAGCAUCCCAGCCUCUAUCAGAAACAUGUCUAUGAUCUCUAUCCUUGACAUAUCCUUUAACUCAUUGACUGGAUCUGUGCCAAGGCCAAUAUUUGGUCCAGCCCUUAGUGAACUCUACAUUGACGAGAAUAAGCUCAGUGGGGAUGUCGAUUUCAUGGCUGACCUGUCAGGUUGCAAGAGCCUUAAGUAUCUUGUGAUGAACACAAACUACUUCACUGGUAGCAUCCCAAGUUCUAUUGGCAACCUUUCCUCCCUCCAGAUCUUUCGAGCAUUCAAGAACCAAAUUACUGGAAAUAUCCCUGAUAUGACAAAUAAGAGCAACAUGUUGUUCAUGGAUCUUCGCAACAACCGAUUUACCGGGGAAAUUCCGGUAUCAAUUACAGAGAUGAAGGAUCUCGAAAUGAUUGAUUUUUCUUCUAAUGAGUUGGUUGGGACCAUUCCUGCAAAUAUUGGCAAAUCAAAUCUGUUUGCCCUAGGCCUUGCCUACAACAAGCUCCAUGGCCCCAUACCUGAUAGCAUUAGUAAUCUAAGUCGGCUACAAACCUUAGAACUAUCAAAUAAUCAGCUCACUUCAGCAGUACCGAUGGGCCUAUGGGGCCUUCAAAAUAUCGUGGGUCUUGAUCUGGCUGGAAAUGCUUUGACUGGCUCUUUGCCAGAAGUUGAAAAUCUGAAAGCAACAACAUUUAUGAACCUUUCUUCCAAUCGAUUUUCUGGUAAUUUACCAGCCUCACUUGAACUAUUUAGCACACUGACCUACUUAGACCUUUCAUAUAACUCCUUCUCUGGAACAAUUCCAAAGUCCUUUGCAAAUCUUAGUCCUCUCACUACCCUGAAUCUCUCUUUCAAUAGAUUGGAUGGGCAAAUCCCAAAUGGUGGUGUGUUCUCAAACAUUACCCUCCAAUCUUUGAGAGGGAACACAGCACUCUGUGGUCUUCCACGCCUUGGUUUCCCCCAUUGCAAAAAUGACCAUCCUCUUCAGGGUAAAAAAUCAAGGCUUCUAAAAGUAGUUCUUAUUCCAAGCAUAUUGGCUACUGGAAUAAUAGCAAUCUGCUUGCUGUUUUCGAUUAAAUUUUGCACUGGCAAGAAACUGAAGGGCCUGCCGAUUACUAUGAGUUUGGAGUCAAACAACAACCAUAGGGCUAUCUCCUACUAUGAGCUGGUUCGUGCCACAAACAACUUCAAUAGUGAUCACCUACUAGGAGCUGGAAGCUUUGGCAAAGUCUUCAAGGGCAAUCUAGACGAUGAGCAGAUCGUCGCGAUAAAAGUCCUCAACAUGGACAUGGAAAGAGCUACCAUGAGUUUUGAAGUCGAGUGCCGUGCACUUCGCAUGGCUCGGCACCGAAACUUGGUGAGGAUACUCACCACCUGUUCGAAUCUGGACUUCAAGGCGUUGGUGCUGCAGUACAUGCCCAAUGGGAGCCUGGACGAAUGGUUGCUGUACAGUGACAGGCAUUGCCUUGGAUUGAUGCAGAGGGUGAGCAUCAUGUUGGAUGCGGCGCUCGCUAUGGCUUACCUACACCAUGAGCACUUUGAGGUAGUCCUCCACUGUGAUCUGAAGCCAAGCAACGUGCUGCUUGACGCAGACAUGACGGCUUGCAUCGCAGACUUUGGAAUUGCAAGGUUAUUGCUAGGAGAGGACACCUCCAUAUUCUCCAGGAGCAUGCCAGGAACAAUCGGAUACAUGGCACCAGAGUACGGGUCGACAGGAAAAGCAUCGCGAAAGAGCGACGUGUUCAGCUACGGGGUCAUGCUCCUGGAGGUCUUCACGGGGAAGAAGCCAACCGACGCCAUGUUCGUCGGAGAGCUGAGCUUGAGGGAGUGGGUCAACCGAGCGCUCCCGUCAAGGCUCGCCGACGUCGUACAUCCUGGCAUCUCUCUGUAUGACGACACGGUGAGCAGCGAUGAUGCCCAAGGUGAAUCAACCGGCAGCAGGAGCUGCUUAGCGCAGCUGCUGGAUUUGGGGCUGCAGUGUACCAGAGACUUGCCUGAGGACAGGGUGACGAUGAAGGAUGUGACUGUGAAACUGCAGCGGAUCAAGGAGGUAUUACAAGCCUAGAUAGUCUUGUCCUGCAGCCCUGCAGAUGAUAACCCAAAGCUGGCAAGGCCAUGUGUCAUCUGUGGUGGUUGCAAAUGCUGAACUGCAUCAUGAAAGCUGUAGCCUUCCUUGAAAAGAUACCUGUAACAGUAGUUGAGUUGCAGGUUUGCAGCCAUCUAACAAAAAGUAAUAUACUACGUGUUAGAGAGUUGUUUAGGGCUUAAUCCUCCAAUAACCUGCCAAAGAACGCAAUGAAUAUUUCUACUAGUUUUCAAAGGACCACUGAAAAAUUUCAGUUAACCCAACAAUAUAUGAGAGGUCCACGAUUCCAUCAUGAUGCCCACAGCCCACCCUCCAUCGUACAGAAAAUAAGCAAACAAUGCAAGCAAGCAAUUAAAUACUUAAUGGAAGGGAAGUUGUGCACGUACAGCUUCUCUUGUAUUCAAUGUACUACUAUCAAUUAUCAGUGAUCAUGACGCUGUUUGAUGGCUC